AUGGCAAACCCCGCCGGUGACGGUUCAGACAGCGCGAGGAGGAGACGCAGUAGCCAGCGGGUUACGGUUGCCCGCAAUUACACCGAGGAUGAUUACGAUAACCUUUCAGGGGACAAUAGCGACGAUGAGGAAUACGAUGCAGAGGAAGCUGGGGAGGAAGACAAUGCCGACGAAAGCGAGCGAGACUAUGAAUUCACUAACGAACGCCCGCCGUUGACAGUAGCACAGACAGAGCCCGGUGAGGUCGAUCUGCAGUAUACGUACAGGCCCACGCUGGACUCCAGGAGGUUCACCGAAUGUUCAACGGAGUCAUUUCAGACGAACAUAGGCACGAUGGGAAAUGCUGAUCAUAUACUGCAGGACGCGCACAACCUGUACUACAGCCAUAUGCCCAGGGUGUUGGGGACGAAUUUCAGGUUCCAGGUUGGGGAGGUCGCAUAUGCGAAGUGGCAUGGCGAGUUUAAUGUAGUCGUCAUCCACUUCGUUUCACAGAAACUUAUAACAGUGAUUGGUGAGUUCGAAACGAGCGGCUGUCUAUGCUGUGCAGAGGAACACGAACCAAGCGUGCCUGAGCCAAAUGUGGAAAGCACCACACAACCGACCACUAAGCGCAAAAGCAGAGCGGCCAAAGGCCGCAGAGCAGCCGGCGAAGAUGGAAUGGCAGUGGACAGAUUGGGGAGCAGCGAUGACACCGACAUCACUGAUGACGGCGACUACGAAUAUGAACCCGAGUCAUCAGCGGAGAAUGAAACUACCUCUGUCAGCCGCGUUGGUGCAGAACCCGCCGCAAAGCAGAGUGCAAAUGCGCCAGAGCACAAAUUUGAGGAAGAUGUGGACAAUAACCUGGCGCUGUUCAAGGAUCCGUGGUCUACGAGACUCUACGCUAAGGUGAACGAAAUGCAGGCGUUGCCGUUGCGUAUUGAUAAAGACACACCCCCAGAUGUGUUGGCGUGCGGCGCCGAUCCGGAGAGGCCGGAGAAGGAGGUAACCCGUCCCACCAGGACGCUCAAAAGAUACUUCAUGCCCAUGUAUUUCGUGUCAUUCCCGGGAUACAAAAAGAAAUGCGCCAAGUCGUUCAGGUUCUGGGUCAAGGAGAAGGACCUGAUCAAGUUCAACAGGGUCAGGCCUAGCCCGGGCAAGUACUCAAGGGGGCACGUUGUGGAGCAGUGUGAGACCACGAACGAGACUGACCAGGCGUGGGAGGAUCGUGAAGUUCAGGACAUCAACGAGUACGUGUACGAUGUCGUUUACAAUGUCUAUAACAACAAGUCGAAUAGCAAAUUCAAACCGCCCGAGCACCUGCCGUGGUGCCUACCCGCCGCGCUAAGACGAUUGGUGAAGUGCGAGCACGCGCGUAUACUCCAAGCGCAAAAGAAAGACCUGAACUUCUACUCAAUCGAAAUCGCAGAGGCGUUCUCCGCAGCACCGCUUAAGGAGCGGCUAUCUGCUUACGCAAUAGUGCAAAACUUCAAGUAUAUCCUCAUCCUGAUGAACACCCUCGUCAGCAAGCAUGGCGGGAGAAAGACUAACUCAAAGAGCAAGGCGGAUUUGGUAAACGCUGCACGGACGUACGGCGAAAGCGAGAUGGUUGACGAGGUCGACGUGCCUUCGCUGCGGUUCAUGGAGCAGCUGGAAACGAGCAUCGGAACGGAUCUCAACGCGCAGCAGUUUCACGAAAUCUACGUGAACAACAUCUACUGGCUGGAUAUCUACCUGGAUUAUAUGGACAAUAUGUAUCUCCACACCCACUGCUACACCGAAAAGGAGCACGAGUUCCUCUACAUGACGUCCUAUACGGAGGACAGGCCUCUGUCGCGCAUACUCGGUCUCGAACACCUUGCCCGCAUGUUCUGCUACCCGGUCUUGUACACCGCGUUGCUGAAACGGAUAACAGCAGACGGCGAGCCGCUGCAGGUGUACAUGCCGAUAACCCAGCUGUUGCUGCACUAUUUGGCCUUCGUUUCGACGGACUACAUGCACAGCCAAAAGUAUAUGCCGUCGCACCUGGAAGGUGGGCUGUUCAAGAUCAGCCACUUAAAAGCCAGCUGA